AUGUCACAAACUAUAAUCCGCCUUAAAGUUCAUCUUCCUGACAAUCAGUUAGUGUAUUUUAAAGAAAGAGCAGAAGAAGCGGCUUUAGAUCGUGCUGCUCAACGCAAUACACAUCUUUCGGCAUGGUUUAAAUUACAUUCCGUAAAUAAAGAAGCCCGUCGUUAUUCAUUUGUUCACAUUCCUUAUCACUUUGUUGUUGAUGAUAAACUUUGUAAAUGGAAGGUUAGACAAAGGGGUGGUAAUAAUAUGAUAGUAAGAAUGCAUAAAGUUAAUCCGACUGGAGAAUUAUUUUUUCUGAGACUGUUACUUUUGAAGGCAAAAAGAGCAAUAUCUUGGGAGGUUGUGCGUACUGUUAAUGAUAUUGUCCUUGAAACGUUUUGUGAAGCAUGUGUUUUAAAAGAUUUGUUGCAAGAUGACACUGAAUGGCAGAAUACUCUUUUUGAGGCAGUUUUAACGCAUAUGCCAAAGCAAAUUAGACAGUUGUUUUCAAUUAUUUUGACCUUUUGUGAACCUGAAAUUCCUUUACAUCUCUCGAACACAUACAAAGCUUUUAUGAUGGAAGAUUUCAUUCACCGCUCAGUCCCACUUCUAAUAGCUACCCUUACUAAAUACAGAUCUGAACAAGCUACCCUUCGUCAAAUUGAAAAGAUCAUUAGUCAAAGUGGUAGAACACUGGCUGAUUACAAUCUGCCUGCUAUUGAUGACUUAUUGGGUUUUAAUCUAGAAAAUUUUGAUGAAAAUAUUCAACAAUAUAUUGACGAAGCCAAUAGAAUGAGACCGUUACUUAAUGUCAAUCAAUUAGAGGUAUGUAAUGCUAUCCUUGCUGCACUAAAUGAGCAACCAAGUCUAGAAAAUCGACAUUCCAGACUGUUUUUUAUGGAUGGACCAGCUGGUAGUGGAAAAAUUUUUACUUAUAAUUAUUUGAAUGCAGAAACCAUAAGUAGAGGAUUUAAGUCUGCUACAGCUGCAUGGACUGGCAUUGCAGCAACUCUUCUUACAAAUGGAUCUACAUUGCAUGGCUUAUUCAAACUUCCUGUCCCCAUAUUGGAUAACAGCACAUGUAAUGUAACUCCUAACUUUAAACACGAACAUUUUUUUAAACAAGUAAAUUUGUUUUUGCUUAAUGAAACAUCCAUGAUACCUAAACAUGCUUUGAAUGCGAUUGAUAGGUUGUUAAAAGAUGUCUGGAACAACAACUUUGCGUUUGGAGGAAAAGUCAUUCUUUUUGGUGGUGACUUUAGGCAAAUACUGUCUGUUGUGAAAAGAGGACAACCGGCUGAAAUUGUAGAAUCAUGUAUAAAAUGUUCUUUACAGUGGCAAAGGGUGCAGAAGUUUGCAUUAACUGAAAAUAUGAAAGUACAUGAUGGGGAAGGAGAGUUUUCCUAA